AUGGCUGCGGACUCCGGCAACUACGGAAACUACAUCGCAAAGUAUGGAGACUACCACAAGUAUAUCAGCGAGUAUGCGGGCAAUUAUGCCGGCAAGUACGCGGGCAACUACGCCGGCAAAUAUGCCAACGGCUAUGCCAGCGAUUAUGUGCCAGCUCAGGGUGAGGGAGCCUCCGCAGUGAGCUUCGCCGCCUCCCCGAGCGGGGACGACCAGGCAGAGGACUCUCAAAAGGCUGCCCCUGCGCCAUCCCCGGAAGCAGCAAGCUCCUCCAGUGAGGGUUCAGACCAGGGCGCGGCGGGAGACUACCAGAAGUAUUCCGCGCAGUAUCAGAAGAACCAGGGGAACUACGAGAUGUACAUGGCCGAGUACAUGGCUGGCUUCCUCCAGUACUUGCAGUACAUGAACACUCGCGGACAGGGCUCCCAGGGUGACUACCAGAAGUACAUGAAGAACUACCAGAAGUACAUGCAGGGCCACGGAGGCGACUACCAGAAGUAUAUGGCCGGCUUCCAGCAGUACAUGCAGGGACAGGGCAACGGUGGCUACGAGAAGUUCAUGUCCCAGUAUGCCUCGGACUUCCAAAAGUACAUGCAAGGCCAGGGCCAGGGUGCUUCGGGCGACUACCAGAAGUACGCCUCAGAUUUCCAGCAGUACAUGAAGGGACAGGGCGGCAACGGCAAUUACCAGAAGUACAUGUCGCUGUACUCCCAGGACUUUGACAAGUAUAUGCAAGGCCAGGGCCACGGGUCACAGGGGGGCGACUACCAGAAGUACAUGUCGGAUUUGCAGCAGUACAUGAAGGGACAGGGCGGCAACGGUGACUACCAGAAGUACAUGUCCCAGUACGCCUCGGAUUUCAACAAGUACAUGCAAGGCCGUGAGGG